AUGGCUGUACUGAAACUCGUCGAUCAGCCACCACUCAUCCAGGCUAUCUUCAAUGGAGACCCUGAGGAGAUCCGCAUGCUCAUCUACAAAUCAGAGGACAUCAAUGCUCUCGACACGGAUAAACGCACACCCCUUCACGCUGCAGCUUUCCUGGGUGAUGCUGAGAUCGCUGAGCUGCUCAUCCUCUCUGGGGCACGAGUCAAUGCCAAAGACAACAUGUGGCUCACUCCUCUGCAUAGGGCAGUGGCAUCCCGGAGUGAGGAGGUGGUUCGUGUGCUCAUCCACCACGCGGCUGACGUGAACGCCCGUGAUAAAAACUGGCAGACGCCGCUGCAUGUGGCUGCAGCCAAUAAAGCGCUGCGCUGUGCUGACAUCAUCAUUCCGCUCCUCAGCAGCGUUAACGUCACAGACCGUGGGGGGCGCACCGCCCUGCACCACGCCGCCCUCAACGGACACACCCAGAUGGUGAGCUUGCUCCUGGCCAAGGGUGCUAAUAUUAAUGCCUUUGAUAAGAGAGAUGGCCACGCGCUGCACUGGGCAGCAUACAUGGGUCAUCUGGAUGUGGUGAGUUUGUUGGUGAGCCAAGGAGCAGAGGUCAGCUGUAAAGAUAAGCGAGGAUACACUCCUCUUCACGCCGCUGCUUCCAACGGACAGAUCGCUGUGGUCAAACACCUGCUGAACCUGGCUGUGGAGAUAGAUGAGGCUAAUGCUUUCGGGAACACGGCACUCCACAUAGCCUGUUUUAACGGUCAGGACGCUGUGGUGAGCGAGCUGAUCGAUUAUGGCGCGAAUGUCAGCCAGCCCAACAACAAGGGCUUCACACCGCUGCACUUCGCAGCUGCGUCUACCCACGGUGCCCUCUGCCUGGAGUUCCUGGUCAAUAAUGGUGCUGAUGUCAAUGUACAGAGUCGUGAUGGUAAAAGCCCGCUGCACAUGACAGCGGUUCAUGGACGUUUCACUCGUUCUCAGACCCUAAUUCAAAAUGGUGGAGAGAUAGACUGUGUUGAUAAAGAUGGAAAUACUCCUCUUCACAUUGCCGCUCGCUAUGGCCAUGAGCUCCUCAUCAACACGUUAAUUACCAGUGGAGCCGACUGUACCAGGAGAGGGGUGCAUGGAAUGUUUCCCCUGCACCUGGCCGCUCUCUAUGCUCAUGCGGACUGCUGCCGGAAACUUCUCUCCUCAGGACGGAGGUAUAGCGUAAUGUGCUCCCUCAGUAAUGACUCGGUCCUGUCUGCAGGCUUCCAGAUCGACACGCCUGACAGUCUGGGGAGGACCUGCCUGCACGCGGCCGCCGCUGGAGGUAAUGUAGAGUGUGUGAAGCUACUCCUCAGCAGCGGGGCAGAUCACAACCGGAGGGACAAGCACGGCAGGACUCCUCUCCAUUACGCGGCCGCCAGUCGUCACUAUCAGUGCCUGGAGACUCUGGUGUCAUGCGGCACGUCCAUUAAUGCCACUGACCAGUGGGGGCGCUCUGCACUCCACUACGCUGCUGCUUCAGACCUGGACAGGAGGCGACGCGUCGUCCUGGAGCCCGAGAGUGAAGGAGUUCAGGCGGAGCGAGAGAAGGAGGCGGCUUUGUGUCUUGAGUUCCUGUUACAGAGCGGAGCCACUGCAUCCCUGAGAGACAAACAGGGCUACAACGCUGUGCAUUAUGCUGCAGCCUAUGGCCACAGGCAGUGUCUGGAACUGCUCUUGGACAAAGAAGAAAACCAUCAGGACGACCUGGAGUCUCCAAACACUAGGAGUCCACUGCAUCUGGCUGCCUAUCACGGUCACUCACAGGCCCUGGAGCUGCUCUUAGAGCGCCACUAUGAGGUGGAUCAGGGGGACGAAGUGGGCCGGACUCCCUUGGCCCUGGCGGCCCUCAGGGGCCACACAGACUGUGCUCUCACCCUGCUGAGUCACGGAGCCUCCCCGCGCAGCCGAGACUCCGCCCGUGGACGCACGCCCAUCCACUUGGCAGUGAUGAAUGGACACACGUCCUGUGUGCGCCUCCUGCUGGACGAUUCUGAAAGUGCAGAUCUGGUGGAAGCAGCAGAUUCUCAGGGACAGACGCCUCUGAUGCUGGCUGUGGCGGGAGGACAUGUGGACGCCGUCUCUCUGCUGCUGGAGCGUGAGGCCAGUGUGGACACAGCUGACAACCAGGGUCUAACUGCUCUCCACAUGGGGUUGCUGUGUGGGCAGGAGGAGUGUGUGCAGUGCUUGCUGGAGCAGGAAGCCUCUGUCUUAUUGGGUGAUUCCAGAGGAUGGACGGCCAUUCACCUGGCGGCAGCGCGCGGCCACGCCUCCUGGCUCAGUGAGCUGCUCAGCGUUGCCUGUUCAGAGCCCCCCAUGCCUCCCCUCCGAGACCACAGAGGCUACACACCCCUACACUGGGCCUGCUACAACGGCCAUGAGGCUUGUGUGGAAGUCCUGUUAGAACAGAAAGGUUGCCGCUGUUUUGAUGGAAACCCGUUCACUCCCCUGCACUGUGCUGUUAUAAACGAUCAUGAGGCCUGUGCCACUCUCCUGCUGGAGGCCUUAGGCUCUGUCAUCGUUACCUGCCUAGACUCUAAGAACAGGACACCGCUGCAUGCUGCUGCCUUUGCUGGUCAUGUUGACUGUGUUCAGUUGCUUUUGGCCCAUGAUGUUCCAGUGGAUGCUGUGGACCAAUCAGGGCGCAGCGCGAUCAUGAUGGCAGCAGAGAGGGGCGGGAUUGGGGUCGUAGAAUUGUUGGUAAACAGUGCAAAUGCCAACCUAAGUCUAACUGACCAGAAAGGCAACACAGCCCUGCAUCUGGCCUGCAGUAGUGGAAAGGAAGACUGCGCCAUGUUUCUUUUAGAGAAACUUUCAGAUUCUUCUCUCAUUAAUGCCACGAACGCAGCUUUGCAAACACCGCUACAUUUGGCGGCUCGCAGUGGUCUGAAACAGACUGUGCAGGAGUUGCUUUCGCGUGGAGCCAGUGUACAAGCACUGGAUGAAAAUGGUCUCACUCCUGCUCUGGCUUGUGCUCCUAGCAGAGAAGUGGCUGACUGCCUGGCUCUUAUUCUGGCUACCAUGAUGCCUUUCUGCUCCCCUUGCAGUUCCGGGACCCCCUCCCCCGGCGCACUGCUAAGAUCACUGCCACGCCCGCCAAAGGGUUCCCGGGAGGCCCGCAGCCCCAGGCCGCGCUCGGGCCCGUCCAGCGAAGGCACCACCACCGAAAACGACUCGGACUCUGAGACCUUUUGA